CAAUUACCAAACCCUGGUAAGGGACUUAUAUCCUCACUCUUGUCCUUUUUCAUCCUCUGUUCGAAUUAGAUACAGAGGGAUCCAAAAAGAGCAUAAUCUUUGAAGUCCACCAAUGUCAUUAAUCCGAGAAAACCAUUGUCCUUUCACGUUAUCCAAGAAAAGUUCAUCUUUCAAGAAGAAACUUGUGCAGUUCUAGUCCCUCCCUCGAUCAGCUUAUUUUUACACGCAAGUAGAAAUAAGAAUGGCAGUCGAAAUCCCAUCCGACGAGCUUCAUCAAGUUUUGGUUCUAAGUCCCCCCUUUGAAUUCACGUCUCUGGAAUCACAAUUCCAAAAUCGAUUCCAGUUUCUCAAUCCGUGGAAUUCCAAUCUCCCACUACUUCAAUUCCUCAUCUCCAAUGCACAAUCCGUACGAGCUUGUCUUGUCAUGCCAGGUGGCCGACUCGCAGUGUCCUCUGCCAUUCUCGACUGCCUCCCCUCCCUCGAGCUUGUAGUCACUACCAGCGCCGGUGUCGACCACCUGCACGUGGCGGAGAUACGGCGGCGUGGUGUAGCCAUUGCCUUUGCAGGGAACUUAUUAUCUCAAGAUGUUGCUGACAUGGCGGUGGGAUUACUAAUCGACGUCCUUAGGAAUAUUUCAGCUGGAGAUCGAUUCGUGAGGCAAGGACUUUGGCCUACGCAAGGGGACUUUUCUAUCGGAUUAAAGCUGAGCGGCAAGCGGAUUGGGAUUGUUGGAUUGGGGAAAAUAGGCUCUGAAGUUGCCAAAAGACUGGAGGGUUUUGGAUGCAGAAUCUCAUAUAACUCAAGGACCAAAAAGCCAUUAGUUCCAUAUUCCCACUAUUCCAAUGUACAUGAACUUGCAACCAACUGUGAUGCCCUUAUCAUUUGUUGUUGCUUAACAGAAGAGACUCGCCAUUUGAUCAACAGAGAGGUGAUGGUUGCAUUGGGAAAAGAUGGAGUGAUAAUCAAUGUCGGUCGAGGGGCAAUCAUUGAUGAGAAGGCGAUGAUUGAAUGUUUGAUUCAGGGGGAGAUUAAGGGGGCUGGGCUGGAUGUUUUUGAGCAUGAACCUGAAAUUCCCAAACAGUUGUUUAAUCUUGAUAAUGUUGUGUUGUCGCCGCAUGCUGCUGGCACAACAACUGAAUCUAUAGUGGGAUUGACUGAGUUGGCAUUCGAGAAUUUGGAGGCAUUCUUCUCAAACAAACCUUUGGUGUCUCCCUUUCUGGAUUAGUUGAGGUGCAGCUGAGUUUAAUGGGGAGGGUGAAAAUUUUAUGACAGAGCUCAGAACUUUUGGAUAGUUUUAGCUCAUUAUUAUUCAGGGUUGGUGAAGUAUUUACCACAGUAGUAGUACAAUUAAAUGGUAAAACGAUAAAAGUAAACAGGUUCUCAACUGAUCUAGAAACAGAAAAGCUCCCCAAGAAAGUGCUACUAUUGACGUACUGGUGAGGUCAUCUUUAUUUUAAUAAACAGUUAAUUUCUGA